AUGGAGGAUUAUGAUCCGGUAUCCACACCCUUAGAUAAUAACCAAAAGCUUAUAACAGAAACACACCAGCCAAGCAAACACGAAAUUGAUUACAUGAAAACCGUUCCAUAUCAAGAAGCUAUUGGAAGCAUUUUAUACGCAACACAAGUAAGUCGCCCAGACUUAUUCUUUGCAGUGGGGGCUUUUUCAAGAUUUAAUAAUAAUUCUUCAAAAUCUUAUUGGAUAGCGGUUAAACGACUUUUCCGUUAUAUAAAAGGAACAAUAAUUUACAAGCUAGAAUACACUCGAGACAUUGAAGGAUGUUUAGAAGGAUUUUCGGAUGCUGAAUGGGUUAGUGACUCAGAUGACAGAAAAUCAACUACAGGUUAUCUCUUUAAAUACCAAGGAGGACCUAUUUCGUGGAAAACACGCAAAACAAAAACAAACAAAUGA